UCCAACGUCAAAAACUUCGAUCCAUGCCACAGGGUACGGAUGAACCGGAUCUUAAGUACGUGCGACGUGUAGCGGCAGUGGCUAAACUUUGUGGGUACGUGAACGAUCAACUCGUGGAAACAGUGGCUGAUGUAAUUCAACACAAUGCCAAUAAUCGUAAAGUGCGAGACGUUGCUAGAAAAGCUGCUCGUAAGGGAAGAUCCCUUCAAGAACUUGUAGAUUGGGUACGGAGUACGGAGAUAGAAAAGCAGGCUGAGGAGAUUUUUAGUAAGAAUCAUCCCAAGGAAGACAUGGCGAGUGUAAUGGCAGUGUCCUAUGCAGACCCUCGAUUCCUACGCAGAUCAACAUCAGACUUUCGAGGACGGGGUCAUUUUCCGCGGAAUCGAGGAGGAUUUCAUCGUGCGAAUGGGCCUAGUUUUUAUACGACAAAACCUUGUUGGCGUUGCACAAGUACGGGUCAUCGCCCAGAUAGUUGCUUCGCUAUAGAAAAAUUCUGUCAUCGAUGUCAAACAAAGGGCCAUAUUCAAAGAGCGUGUACAUCUCAUGGUACGAAGCGUGAAAACAUUGAAGAAGGAGAAAAGGCACCCUUACCAAAAACACGAAAAAUCGCAGCACUGACGGCUGAAUUAGACGAGCAAGUUGUAAGUGCGGGAUAUGAGGGCUCUAAUCCUUCCUGAAGGGGUCACAUUAUGUUGUUCACUAUUUAGAAUAAAUUAUGAUUAGAAGUUCUUUCGUUGGAAAAGAAAAUGCAAUUUGCCUUGUGUAUUCAUACUUAUUUUUUAAUUUUAGAAUAUUGCACCAAAUUCACCAGGGAGCAACGCCAUCAGAACAAUAGGCGGGGGCACAUUCGGACCAGUAAGUACUAGUGUUCAGCGGAUCUGUUAUCCACAGACUAUUGCAGAAUCGAAGGACAACGCAUGUGCAGCGAUUAAUCCUGCUACAGCAUUAUUUAACGGUGCAUCAGAAGGAAAAGUAAAAAAGGAAUACGUGAUGUGCUCAUUGGACCGGCUUGGUAUGGAAAGCACAGGUUCUGUUAUAGGUUCUGUGGCCGGAGUUGCUGUUAAUUUUUUAAUAGAUUCGGGUGCUGAGGUGAACACUAUCGGGGACGGCGUUUUCAAUCGGCUGAUGAGUGAUCCUUUAUCUCACCCAAUUUACGCCAUAAAGGAAGGAACUGACAAACCAUUGAAGGCAUACGCAACUACCCAGCCGAUAAAGGUCGUGGCUUCUUUCUUAGCCGAAUUUACCAUCACAGCAGACCGCCCUUGCUUGCUUGAAAAAUUUUAUGUGGUUCCGGGAGCGAAAGCACUGUUAGGGCGUAGCACAGCAACUAGGUAUAGCGUAUUACAGCUAGGUCUACAGGUUCCAAUAAUAGACUCAAAAGAAAUGAAACAUGUUACAAGUCCACGAGAAACGUGUGCUGUAGAAGUGCAAACGCAUUUUCCAAAGUUUAAUGUGCCACCGGUAUUGCUUUCCUAUGACAGAAAUUUGCCACCAUCAAGGAAAGUGUUUACAAACAUUCCUCCGGCAUUUAAAGCAGAGGUUGAGAUGAGGCUGCAGGACUUAUUCUUCUUCUUCUUCUUCUUUGGCUCAACAACCGUUGUCGGUCAAGGCCUGCCUGUACCACUAGUGGGCUUUGGCUUUCAGUGACUAAUUGAUUUCCCCCCAUAGCAGGAUAGUCAAUCCUACGUAUGGCGGCACGGUCUAUUUGGGGAUCGAACCCAUGACGGGCAUGUUGUUAAGUUGUACGAGUUGACGACUGUACUACGAGACCGGAAGCAGGACUUAUUAGCAUCCGAUAUAAUAGAGAAGGUAACCAGUGGCAUGGAUAAAUCGUUUUGCUCGUCACUAUUAGUAGUGCCUAAGGGUAAACAGGAUAUUAGAUUAGUUGUAGAUUUGAGAGGGCCAAACAAAUGCGUCAUAAGAACUCCUUUUAGGAUGCCUACUUUGGAAGAAAUACUUGCUAGACUUCGAGAGGCUCACUGGUUCUCAACCAUCGAUCUCACCAACGCUUUUUACCAUAUCGUUUUAGACGAGUCGUGCCGACACUUAACAAUUUUUUUCUCUGGGAGCGAUACAUAUCGAUUCAUACGUUUACCUUUCGGCCUGUGCAAUGCUCCAGACAUAUUCCAGGAAACUCUGCAGACAGUUGUGUUAGGAAAUUGUCCCGGUACGGUGAAUUACCUUGACGAUAUCCUCGUAUUUGGGAACACGAAAGAAGAGCAUGAUAGAAAUCUUGGUGAUGUUUUAUCUCGCUUGCGACAACAUAAUGUUAUGUUAAACCCGGCUAAAUGUGUUUUUGGUAAACAAUCCGUAAAAUUUUUAGGCUUCCUUCUUUCUCACGACGGUUGGCGUAUUGAUGAAGAUAAAAGGAAAGCUAUUGCAGGAUUCCGCAAGCCAGAAACUGUUCAAGAAAUGAAAAGUUUUUUGGUUCUUAUAAAUUUUAUAGAGAAAUUUACUCCCAGCAGAGCCGUAUUCUCUCACGAAGUCGCAAAAAAGGCUAAAAAACACUAGGACGUGGAAUGUCUUUAAAACGUUAUAAUAAUAUCAUUUAUUCCACUCAACUACACGUAUACGAAUGCUCGAUCGAUCCGCUGAUCGAUCGCACGAAACCCACGAUAGCCGAUUCCCCAGGAUGCUAAGAGAGAAUUUACGCACAAAAUUCUCUCUCACGCACGCUCCCACAUGACGUAUCGAUAACCUGACGUGGGGACACGAGGUUAUCGGGUCAAAGUGCGUUUCGGAACGCAAGCGCAAUCUUUCGAAACGCAUUCGAAUGAUGCUGUUCAAAACCGGUGACCGUUUCGCCGUUGACGGUUUCGAACCUCAUCGAUUUACAUGACCAGCGGAAAGGACAGAAAAGUUGAGAGCACUAGCAAAUUCAAAUACAUUUUAUUGGACGAAGUAUGAUGAUUUUGAGUUCGACGAGAUAAAAAGAAAUUCAAUCGCAAAACUAGGAUACUUUGAUCACAAAGAUAGGACGGAGUGGACGGAUUUGUGGAUGCCUCCCCACUUGGAUUAGGAGCGGUACUGGUUCAGUUCGAUGAAGUUGAAAAGCCUCGAAUAAUAGCUUGUAUCUCGAAGUCGUUAGCGAAAGUAGAAAAGCGUUACCCUCACACACAGAAGGAGGCGUUAGCUAUAGAAUGGGCAGUCGAGCGAUUUAGUUAUUACCUUACGAAUAUCAGUUUUACCAUUUGGACUGAUUCGGAAGCAAACAAAUUUAUCUUUGGCAGCCAAUAUAGAUCAGGGAAAAGAUCGGUUACACGCGCAGAAACGUGGGCCCUUCGUCUCUUACCGUUUAAUUUCCAAAUUAAAUGUAUUCCCCGAGAUCAGAACAUUGCGGAUGUAUUGUCUCGCCUGAUAAAUGAGUCUCAAGUAGAUGAGCCGUUCGACGACGACAACGAAAGGCAUAUGUUAUACGCUCUUGAUACAGUAUCGGACAGAAUGAUAGGACCAUAGUGUUUUCAACGCAGCAUGCACCCGUUGGGACAGGUUUAUGUGUGGUUUGUGUGUUUGUGUUUGUGUGUGUGUGCAUGUGUGUGUAUGUGUGUGUGUAAAUGUGUGUGUGUAUGCAUCUGUGUGUGUGUGUGGGUGUGUGUAUGUAUGUUUGAAUGUGUAUUGGUGUGUGUGUUUGUUUCACAAGUAUGUCGUUUCGGAUAGAUUUGUUAGUAGUUUUUUUGUGUUUUGGGUUAGGUUUUUGUUGUAAUUAGCAGGACCACCGCCCUCGCGAGCAGUGAUCCCUAUUCAAAAAUGCAAUAAGCUCAGUUUUUGAUCUUAUUGCCGUCGCCCACGAUGACAUUUAUCAUGCGUUGACGCAUCGACAUCACCAGAUUUUGGAUCGUUUUAGGUGGAAUUUUGCUCCACACCUCUUGCAUGUGAUCGAAGAGGUGAUCCAGAUCUUCCGGUAUGUUUUUACCCAGCCUCUUCUUGAAUAUUGCCCAGAGGUUCUCAAUGGGAUUGAGAUCCGGGCUAAGGGCAGGCCACUUCAUUGUUUUGACAUUGUUGUCAGCAAGCCAAGUUUGGACAGUCCCGGAAGUAUGCUUAGAAUCGUUGUCUUGCAUAAACAUCCAAGACCGAGGAAGGUUCUUCCUAGCAUGCGAUAGCAAAUGGGUAUCAAGAAUGUCUCGAUACCCAAAACGAUUUAAAUUACCGUGGAUUCGAACCAACGGACCCAUCCCAUAGUAGGAGAAGCAUCCCCACACCAUGAGACUACCACCGCCAUGCUUGAAAGUUUUGAAGGAGUACUUCGGAUCAAGAGCACAAUUAACAGGGCGCCGAACCAACCUGCGUCCGUCCGACCCCUGUCGAUUGAAUUUCGACUCGUCUGACCACAAAACCCUGCGCCAAUCCUCCUCAUCGGAGAACAUGUGCUCAAUUGCAAAUAACACCCGUGCGUUUUUAUGCGCAGGUGUUAAAUUGGGCACUUUGCGUGGCACUCGCGCGAGUAGCCCGGCACUGACCAAUCUUCGCUGAACUGUUCUCGGCGUCACCGCCAAUUUCAGUCUGCCUCGGAUCUCUGGUGCCGAGCUAAACGGAUGUUUCUUCGAUAUGUUUAUGAUCUUACGGUCUUCCUCCUCCGUGGUCUUACGAGGACGUCCGGGUGACUUGCGCGUUUCGGUUGUCCGAAGCGCGUUUGCCACAAAGGUGCGCGAUCGUUCCAUCACGAACUCGAUCGUUCUGCGCUUAAUGCCAGCAGCCGCCAUUCGCUUAAUGAUAUGGCGCUGAUAAUCGGUACAAUGUUUACCUUGACCCAUUGUUACUAAAAUUGCUUGCUUAGACCGUCAAGAACACACUGGUUAAAAACUUGGACACGACUGAUGCCGUGCACUGCCUGCGUUCUGCUUUUAUACGCGAUGAAUCACAUCGUUGUCGAGCAGCAAAAAAGCGUAUUGAUAAAAACUAUCAAUGAGUAAGCGAGUGAGCAUCUACCCAUUCAAAACCAGAACAGGCCAACGAAAAACGCCCAUUGAAAAGAACACCUGCGCUCUUGCUCAAUGCACACACAAAGUUUCCCAUGCGCACACAACGUUUAACGCAGAGAUGCACGCAUGCCUUUCAAUGGCGUGCACUGGUGAAACAACUGUGAGGGAAUGCCAAGUUCAUUGCUAUUGUGCGCGUUUUCAUUUCGCACCGGUGUCGUAUUCACAUUCAUGAAACAGCACACCUGCGUUCUCGUCCGAGGAACAAGCGCUGCUGUCGAUGCAAACUUUAGCUUUUAUCCAAGUGUAAACACACGCUGUUUCACAUGAUAACACACAUAAACAGAAUGCUUGCAACGCAAUAUGAAACCAUGUCAAGCUACGUUUCUUCACACAAAAACCCGCACACACACACACACACACACACACACACACACACACACACACACACACACACACACACACACACACACACACACACACACACACAAACACAAGUAACGUGGCAAAACAAGUGCACGGUGCGUUGAAAACACCAGGGUUCUAUCUUAAUGUCCGAUACUGUACGUUGAAUAUGAGUAUGUCAUGGUCAGAUAUCGAGCUUGCAUCAGAAGAAGACGAAGAGUUAGCAGAAGUACGGCUAGGUAUAAAAUCAGGCAAAUGGCCACGGCAUCUGAGUCGUUUCGAAUGUUUGUCAAAGCAGCUGAGGACCCUUGAUUCCCUAGUUUUCAAAGACGAUCUAGUUGUUUUGCCUAAAUCGUUAAGGGAAAAGGCAUUGACUACAGCACAUGAAGGUCAUGUGGGCAGCAGCGCCACCAAAAGAAUUCUACGGGACCAUUUCUGGUGGGCCAAUAUGUCUAAAGUUGCCCAGAUUUACGUUAGUAACUGUAUGACCUCUUUAUCCAUGUCAAAGAGAAAUCCACCAGUCCCAUUAAUAAGUCGAAUUCUUCCGGAAGGGCCUUGGGAGGUACUACAAAUUGAUUUUCUUUCAGUACAAGAGUGUAGCUCAGGUCAUUUACUGGUUUGCGUCGAUACGUACUCUCGUUUUUUGCACGUUAUGGAGUUAAGGCUUAUUGAUGCAAGUUCAACCAAUGCAUCAUUAUGCAAGAUUUUCAAGACAUGGGGUUUACCACUAGCUAUCCAAAGUGAUAAUGGGCCUCCUUUUCAAAGUAAAGAGUUUAUAGAAUUUUGGGAGCAUAAGGGAGUAAAGGUUCGUAAGUCCAUACCACUAAGCGCUCAGUCCAAUGGAGCUGUUGAACACCAAAAUCAAGGUAUUAUUAAAGCAAUAGCUGCGGCGAAAAUAGAAAAGCGAAAAAAAACUAAAAUAUUCCAUUAUUGCUUUUUUACUUGGGAUAGUUAUAUCGUGCCCGUAUCCCCUCAGGAUCCGAUCAUCGAGUGUAAACCGCCAGGCACCUUACACCAAGUGUCAAAGUGCUGUAUACAACACAACAACAAUCCUGCUCUUUGUAUGGGAGUUAGAAAAUCAUUAUUAAAUUAAGUUUAGUAUAACAUCUGAACGAUUUUUAAAUCUUAAAACCUAUUCUCAUACCACCAUAAGGUUCAUAAAUAUCGUCAGCUGAAUUUAAUAGACGGCACAUACAAAGAAGGGGGUUGCGAGAGCCAAAUGUUGUUCGGGUUUCAGCGACUGCCAGCAUUGGUCGGCGACGGAGUAUUCUGUCAGGAACAUAGAGGUGAAUCCUUGAAAGCAGCUCGGGACAGUCGAUGGUUCCGUUUAAGAUUCCCGUGAUAAAUGCUAGUCUGGUGUACUCAACACGUUCGGCGAGAGGCGGGAUUCCAAGCAGCAAACACCUAGUUCUGUAGUCGAGACGACGCGGCCAAUUACGAAGGGCAAAGCGCAUUGCCUUCCGUUGGAUGGACUCUAGCCGCGCAAGUGCCCGAAUAGAUGCUGGCCACCAAACAAUGCUAGCAUAUUCCAGCAGUGGUCUGAUAAGUGCGCAGUACAGUGUCUUGAAACACAUAGGAUCACGAAGCUCGCGCGUCAUGUUUAUGACCAAGCCAAGUAGACGAUUGCCACUAGCGACUACUUGGUCUAUCUGUUCUUCGAAGGAGAGUUUAGCAUCUAGGAGGACUCCUAGAUCCUUUACACAGUUCACUCUUUCGAGGUUCUGACCAUCAAGCGUAUAAUUAAACAGCGCUGGAGCUCUUGGAGCGCGGCUGAAUGAGAUUAUGGCGCAUUUAUCGAUACAGACGCUUAGUGCGUUACGCUUGCACCAGGAGACAAAUUCAGUCAAAGCGGCUUGAGGUUGACGAUGGUCCUCGGGCUCACGGAUUUCACGAUAGAUUUUAGCAUCAUCUGCGUAGAGUAGGCAACUAUUAUCCGGGAGUGCCGUGCACAAGUCGUUUAUGUAGAGCAGAAACAACAGAGGCCCCAGGUUGCUGCCCUGGGGUACGCCGGAAGAGGCACCGAUAGAUCUAGAUUGGUGGGAGCCCAUUCUAACUGCAUAUGAACGACCACAUAAAUACGAUUUCAUCCACUUAACCAGGGAUGGUGAUAAUCCAAGUCUAUCAAGUUUUGCCAGAAGAAUGUUGUGGGACACACUGUCAAAAGCCGCCUUAAUGUCCGUGUAAAUGACAUCAACCUGCAUACCAUCAUCAAUGGACUUAUAACAGCCGCUAACGAAUUGCAUCAGAUUUGUCGUAGUUGAUGUCUUAGGCAUGAAUCCAUGUUGGUUGGUGCUGAUGUAUUUGCCGGCAGAUGCUAUUAAUGGUUCAUAGAUGAGGUGCUCGAAUACUUUGGCGCAGGCAGCUAAAGAGGUAAUACCUCGAUAGUUCACUGUUUCGUUUUUGCUGCCCUUUUUGUGGAUGGGUGUUAGCCAUGAGACCUUCCACAGUGAUGAAAAGGUUCCUGUACCGAAUAGUCCCGGGGAGGCCAGUUGACUUGCGCAUGUUGUCGGCAAAGCUCCAAAAGCGGCGAGGGUACUUUCGCAAGCUUCGUUCAGUGUGGCGUAUAUAUCGACGAUAGCAGACUCUAUUAUAACGUCGAUAAAGUGCAUGAACACCAUUGUAGUAAAGCCGACACGGUGUGGACCGACUAACGCGCAAAUAGUCAUAAGCGGCUCGCUUUGCUUUUUUUAGGGCAUGCAAUGUGCGGUCACCCCACGGCGGUCCGCGAUGGGGCUUUUUAAUAGGACCACAUUCACGCAAUGCGGCCCGCAUAAACUCUGAGAAAUCGUUCGUGGCAUGGUCAAUGGAUGUAUAGUUAGAGCAUUCAAAGGAUUGGUUGAAGGAGCAGAUCAGUCUCUUGAGUUUAGUAAGGUCAGCACGUGCGUAAUUGAGCUUUAUUUCCGUAACAGUGGUAGCGUGUUUCAUGGACAAUGCUGUGAUUUCCAAAUCAAAUUCGAGCGGUGGGUGAUAGCAGUCUUUUGGCAGCAGCGGGUGCUCGCUGACGCGUACGAGCGAAGAAGUUGUUGCACUUGACCAAUUUCCGUAUGCAAGGUCUAAAAUGCGCCCCAUAGAGUUAGUGUUGUUAUUAAGUUGGUAAAGCGCAUUAUGGUGCAGUCCAUCGACGAAUUGGGCGCUACGAACUGAAUUAGUAUGAGGUUCAAAAAACACAAAAGGGGUUUCAUGAUUCGAUUGCGCAGGCGACCAGGAAAGAAUGGGUUGGUUAAAGUCUCCCACGAGCACGAAUCUGUCGUUUGGACCUAGUGUGUCGCAAAUGCUGUUGACGGUGUCCAGUAAUGCAUUUAUUUUUCCUUCCUCCGUGCUGUGGUUGGGAGGAAGGUAGGCAGCAGCAAUGUAUAAUCGGUACGUCGGGAGCUGAAUGCAAAUGCAAGCGAAUUCAAGUGUUUGCGCAAGCACUGGAAGCGCAUGAGAGCGGAGAGCGGAACUCACCGCAAUUAGUACUCCACCGCCUCGAGAUAGAGAGCUGUUUGCGGCAUUUCUAUCGCAUCGAUAGACACAGUGCGCCUCGCCAAAUAGGAGAGCUGUGGGAAGGCUGGGAUCGAGCCAAGUCUCAGUGAGUACCACAACAUCAUAGUCCGCUUCUAAGGCUGCGCUCUGGCUCCAAUCGAACACGACAACCGACUCGAACAAACCCAUAUAAUCAUAUGGAGGUGCACUGUCAGACACAAACAAGACAAACAUGUCAAAUCCCAUACCGUAGCAAUAGACGAUGCGCAAUCUCAGAUUGCGCAUAUAUUUAUCUGUCAAACGGGUCGGUUUGAUAUAUUUAUCUGUCAAAAAAAAUUAUAUAUCUCAGACAUAUAAUCAUGAAGAUUUAUGCGCAAUCUUGGCGCAAUCUGAAAAUGUAUGGAAAUGACGUUUAUAGCUCAGGGUUGGCUACGUCAAAUGACUUAUGUUUUGAUAAAACGAAUAUAUGCGCAAUCUGAGAUUGCGCAUCGUUUAUUGAUACGGAUUACAUUCGAUGUCGUGUUCGAUUGGUGCUAGAGCGCCGGGUAACACAGUUAAACGGAACUCAUCAGCUUUGGAUCGUAAACCUCGCCCGUUCUGAUAGUAUACAGUUAUAGACGUGGAACGGACAUUGAGUGGUAUGCGUGUGUAGGUUGGUGCAUGGUCAUCGGUGAGAGAUCGUGUCGUUGACGUGUUGUUAUUUCGUGUAAACAAGUGACUAGUCAGAUUCAGUGGCACAGUGCCUUUUGAGGAAACAGUUGUGUGAUUGUUACUUAAGAAAAAAGUGUUGAAUAGUAGUUUGGUGCAUUUUAACGGUGUUUGGUGUAGCUGUAGUUGUUUUUGGUGGAGCAGGCGAUAUUAAGGUACAAUUCAUAUCGGGUGAUAAUUGUACAGGGUGCAUCGGGCUAUGUCGAACAGGUAUAGGUGUGUUUGUGUUGGUAAGUUCAGGACGAUGGUGAGACGGCCUUUGCGGGAGUGAGAUAAACUCACGCACACCGAGCCCGACCGGCCAAGAUCCUGCGCAUACUAAAAGCAAUGACGUCCGUGGUGUCCAACUGUGAUUUUACCAUCGACACUACCUGGUCAACGGUGACGGUUUUAGCUAACUUAAACAGAUGUAGCCACAUAUAGUUUGUUCUUGGUAGUUGUGACACGGUUGGGAUCGACGUGGUGGUGGUAUCGGUUCCUGUUAUUAUUGGUGGUAGUGAAGGGCGAUUUCUUUGGUGAGUAUUGUCGGUGUUUGUAUUUACAGGGUAUAGUGGAGCAUUGUCAACAACAAUGGCUUCCGUGAAUGCAACAACGUCACGGAACAACCUUCUACGCUUUCCACUCGGGAGGGCAUCUGGGGGCGGUACGUUGAAGCGUUCGCUAGGAGCUUGGUGAGCCGCGGCAAAACUGGCAAAGCCCUCACGGAUGCCAUGGAUGGAUUGGAUUUGGAUGGAUGGAUUUAACUGCUUUACUAUGUGGGUUGCCAAGAGCAUUCGAACACCCUACACAGCUCCAAUGAAGAGAUGCCGUCCGUUUUACCUCUUCGAUCACAGUGAAAGAUAAUUUAGUGCACGCUGAGUGAUAUACAGCAUCACAGAACGAGCACAUAAUACCACAUUCAAGCGAUUCAAGUGGCACAGAGCAGUCACAACAAACUCCCUCCAUUUUAGUUGCCGUUGCAGAUAGAUGCCACAGGACUCAGGAACAAACGCAGGAAUACAGCAAAGUCAGGAAUGGUUGUGACGAACAAUUGAAGGCAGGACCACCAGAGACAGCCUAUGUCACAGCUAAGCGGCAGUUUGACGAAAAUUAGGCCUAAACGACAAAAUAAUUCACGAAUUCACGCGGAACACAGUGAGAAAACACACUUAGUCGACAGCUGUCAACUGUCAAUGCAGUGCCUAUCGAUAAUAUUCCGAAACCGGCAGAGCAAACCAUCAAUGAAAAGCCAAAUAGUUCGUCACCUAGUAAUGUGCAACCAAUAGUGCAUGAUAUGGAGCAUUCACCUAUCCCAGCUGAUCGUACGGCUCAAAACAAUGACGUUCAUCACGAACACAGCUCAUGAAGCAUACGCACACAAGAAGCAUCAGCCAGUCGCUAUUCGCACACUAACACUUCAUGUAAUGACCACGCACGCACUAACACAGCAACUCACUUGAAAAUGUUUUCAGUUCGCGAUAUUAAAAACAUUUCACAUGCCAAACCGACUGACACUGCUUUGAAACCAUGUGAUAUACAUUUUCACUACCAAAAUGUUAGAGGACUACGUACCAAACUCACAGAAUUCGGAUUGAACACAUUGGACGCUAAAUAUCAGAUAACAAUACUCACCGAAACCUGGCUUGACAAUUUAAUUCCAUCAUCGCUACUGUUUGACCCGGGCUAUUCGGUGUAUAGAUGUGAUCGUAGCUUGUCCAACAGUAUGCAUACUCGUGAUGGUGGCGCACUGAUCGCAUGCUCAUUCUUAUUGAACACCCGUGAACUCACUCUACCUAGUAACUCACUUGAGCAAGUGUGGGUUACCGUUCGCCUUUCAUCUUGCACGAUAUUCAUCGGGACUGUUUACAUACCUCCUAAUCGAGCUAACGACACAAAUACUCUUACAUCUGUGAUUGAAAGUUAUCAUGGUCACCAUCGCAACAAACAUUUGGUCACUCAUCAUCGUUCGCGCAUUAUGUGGCAAAUUCAUCAUCUUCGGUCAGAUCCCGGUUUUUGGAUGAAAUUAACGCUAGCGAUCUUUAUCAAAUAAGCUGUAUCAAAAACUCGCUUAACCGGCAGCUCGACUUAGUAUUCGCAAAUUUUAUUGCCGCAACUUACUGCAUCGAUUUGCACCCCUGCCCAACACCACUAAUCUCUCCUGACCUGUACCAUCCAGUCAUCGAUUUAACGGUUCGAAUUCCAAGCACAAUGCCUAAUCCUACACUGACUCAGGCAAGUAGAUCUAGGAUGAAUUUUUAUAAAACCAAUUUUACUCGGCUUGACGAGCUCACAACCAAUUUUAAUAGCCAGUUCAGAAUUAGCCAGUUUAAUUCUGUUGAUGAAGAUGUAUCGAUAUUUAUACGCUUUCUUUUAUCCUCGUUUGAUUCAUGUGUACCAAUUAUCACACCAAUGAGCGGCCCUGCUUGGUCUGACCGCCACCUAAAAAAACUUAAAAGAGCUAAGGCAGCUGCAUUAAAAAAAUAUACGAAGAACCGAUCACAUGUUAACAAAUGCAUAUUAAAUGAAACAACUCGCUUGUACCGUAGUUACAAUAAAAUACGCUACGGUGGGUACUUGUCUCGGUUGGAGAAGAAUUUCAUCAAAAGGCCCAAAGCUCUCUGGAGUUGUCGUAAGAAACGCAGUAAUACGAAUGUGACACCUAAAUCUAUUUACCACAAUGACCGAGGUGGUUCAACUGCUUCAGAUAUUUGUGACAUAUUUGCGUGUAGAUUCGAGGAGGCAUACACAAUCUCAACUACUGACGACAAUAUUAUCACCAACGCUUUAAUUAAUACUCCUAAUGAUGUCAUCGACCUUAAUUUUGUUGCAACAUCAACUGAUCUUUGCCAUAAUCCUGAUUGCCAUAACAGAGCUGCCAACAUCAUCUGUUUGACAGAUAAACAAUGCGGUGUGACGGGCCUAAAGUGCGCAUCAUUUUCUUCUUCCUUUUUUCUCGUUCUCGUUAAGACGUGAAUAAACUCGAUCCUAUUAUUUUGUAUUGUGAA